GCAUCACCCCCAAGCCCCACCACCCCCAUCCCAGGUCCUUAAAGGGAAGACUCCGAUUCUAAGAAGCAGCCGAGCCCAGGGCGGGCCUGGAGCCUCUGGACAGCGGCACCCAGCAGGCAGCACCCAGCAUCCCCCCUCCCGCCCCCCAGGGACCCAGAAGCAGCCGCCAUGCACAUCCCUGAAAGCCUCCAGGACCUGGCUGAUAGUGAAGCUGUGCAGUUUCUGAAGAGACCAAAGACAAUCACCCGGAUCUUUGCAGGGGUCUUCUCCCUCAUCGUCUUCUCCUCCCUGUUGACCGAUGGCUACCAGAACAAGACCGAGUCCUCAAAGCUCCACUGCGUCCUCAAUGGCAACAAGGUGGCCUGCAGCUUCACCGUAGGAGCUGGCCUCCUGGCUUUCUUCAGCUGCCUGACCUUCCUCGCCCUGGAUGCCCACGAGAGCCGCAUCGGCAGCACCCGCUUCAAGACGGCCUUCCAGCUCCUGGACUUCAUCCUGGCUGUCCUGUGGAUAGGCAUCUGGUUCGUGGGCUUCUGCUUCCUGGCCAACCAGUGGCAGCAUUCACCACCCAAAGGGUUCCUCCUGGGAAGCAGCAGUGCCAAGGCCGCCAUCACCUUCGCUUUCUUCUCCAUCUUCACCUGGAUUUUCCAGGCCUACCUGGCCCUCCAGGACCUCCGGAAUGAUACUCCAGUCCCUUACAAGCGCUCCCUGGAUGAGGGUGGCGUAGUGUUGACCACCCUCUCCCCGCCCUCUGCCACCAGCCCUGUGAACACGCCCACCACUGGCCCCAACAACCUGAGUUAUGCUGGUUCUGCCCCGUCCCCCUAUCUGACCACUCCGAAGGCCCCCCGCCUCGCUAUGAUGCCUGACAACUGA